UAUGACAAACUUUCUUCUGUUUCUUUUUUGAAAACCAGGCUUAUCUUUACUCUCUUCAGUAAGAAAAAAAUCCAAUCCUUCAUUAGAUCUCAUCACAGUAAGCUCGGCUCCCUCUUUCUCGUUUCUUCUCCUCUGCAUCUUACCGCGUACCGAUCAGAUUCACGGCGGCAAUGGUGAAAGGUUUGGCUGUGGAAGGCUUCAAUUUUGAGCACCAACACGGCAAAGCUCGCGUGAGAGUUGCGAGAGUUUGGAAAGGUAAAGACGGGCGCGACUCCAUUGUGGAAUGGAACGUCAGCAUCAGCUUGCUCUCCAAAUGCAUCAACGCUUAUCUCCACGGCGACAACUCCGAUGUCGUCACCAGUGACACCAUGAAAAAUACGGUGUAUGCAAAAGCCAAGGAAUGCUCAGAGCAAUUUUCAGUGGAGGAUUUUGCUGUGCUACUUGCCAAACACUUCAUAUCUUUUUAUGAGAAGGUUACUGGUGCCAUAAUAAAAAUAGUGGAAAAGCCAUGGGAACGCGUACAUGUAGCUGGGCAACCACAUGAUCAUGGUUUCAGACUCGGAUCUGAGAAGCAUACUACAGAGGUUAUACUACAUGAAAAUGGUGCUUUGAAGAUUACUUCUGGUGUUCAAGGACUAGCUUUGCUGAAGACCGCCAAGUCUGGCUUUCAAGGGUUUAUUAAUGACAAAUACACGGCUCUUCCUGAUACUCGAGAGAGGAUGCUGGCAACAGAGGUCACUGGUACAUGGAGGUAUUGGUAUCCGUCUGUGUUCAAACUCCCUGAGAAUCCACUUUAUUUUACUGAGAGAUACCUGGAUGUGAAAACGGUUUUGAUGGAUACAUUCUUCGGUCAUCCAAGAGUGGGAGUAUACAGCCCCUCUGUGGAAAGCACGCUUUAUGACAUGGCGAAGGCUGUCCUUAGCAGGUUUUCUGACAUAUCUUCAGUCGAACUGAAAAUGCCAAAUAUCCAUUUCUUGCCAGUUAAUUUAUCAAGCAGAGAUAAGAACACUAUUGUGAAGUUCAACAAUGAUGUGUAUUUACCGAUAGACGAACCACAUGGAUCAAUUGAAGCAAGCUUAAGCCGUAUCCCAGCAAGGAUGUAGAAGAUGUUGCAGGCGUGUUUGCACUGUAAGGCUUUCUUCUAGCUUGCAACUCAGCUUCAUAAUUCCUAAAAAACAAAAAACAAGUAUCAUAAGAACUUGCGUGCGGUGCGUCAUCCUAUGUUAUGUAAAACAAAGAUGUUGUUCUGUAACAGCGUAUGGAGAUCGAAUUUAUGGCCUUUA